UGGUCGGUCAUUUCCGGUAUAAAUGAGGAAAUUAAUAUUAAAAAUGUGUUUUAUUAAUAAUGAUUCUUUACUAUUUUUUAUGCAUCAAUGAAGUACGAACUGUUGGCUAAUAACAAUUCUACGUAAUUGACAUCUCAUAACCUAUUUGACAAGUCAAGAAAUCUUUUAUAAAUAAGAACUAUACAAUAUGUCGCCAAAGAUGGUUGUAUUAUCAAAAAGAAAUAUUAUAUUCCACUUUAAUGGGCGUCAAAAGAAACUUUUCACACAAUGAUUUUGUAACAAAAACUGUGAUUGACUAUUGGAUGAGAGGAUUAAAUUCUCAAUGGAAGCUUGUGCCCAACGAAAAAAAAUGAACAAAAAGGAUAGGGAUGAAUUUUCCAGAAAUUGUGCUUUAUUACAGUUUUUAUUUGAUUUUUGAGUAUUAGUUUUUUAAACUUUUCUACUAAUGCAGUUUUAUAAAAAUCUUCAUAAGAUUUUAUAUAAAGGAGAUAUAUUUUAUUCAUGGAUCAUAUUGCUUUGGUUUAAUAGUAUGUUGUUGUCAGUAUAGAAUAUAACCUUUUCCUAAGCUUUUUAAAUAUUUUUUACCACUGUGUUUAUAAACUAGACAAAUUAUUGUGAACUAAAAAGCUGUGUUGUAGAGGAUGGAUUAUACAAUGGACACCUUAAGUUUAGAAGGUGUUCGGCAAUAUGGUGAAAGGUAUGAAGCUGCGGUAAAUAGUGAUACAACAAUGGAGCUGGGUGAAAAUUUUUCUCGUACUGUGCAGAGUAACGCGAUGAAUAAAAUGGGGGCCGAGCCAGAUUCUCAGAGGACUAUUUUAAAACUGGAUUUAAGCAAAAGUAUUGGCAAGGACUUUCAAGCUUCUUCCUCAGUUUAUGAUGCACAACAAAGUUUAUCUGCUGAUCUUUUACCAGCGCAAAGUGAGGCUUCAAUGCAGCGGGCUAUGUAUUUUAACAAUGGAAGAGUAUCAUUACCGUCGCAUGAUGGUAUUAGCGAACAACUUAGAGUUCCAGAGAAACAGACUUAUUAUUCAGAUGGUAGGCUUAUUCCAGAAAAUUUAGCAAUUGAAGAAGAUGAAGCCGAGGAUAGGUUAGCUUCAUAUUAUGAAAAUAAUGGGAGAUCGAUAGAGAAAACUGAAUUGGUAGAUCAAUCACAGAAAAUUGUGCGAGGAAUAGGUGGUCCUUUCGUUUCUGAUUUUCUUCAAGAAAUUACCCAAACUAAGGACAUCAAUUGUAUGCAAGAUAUAUCCAGAGUUACCUCUAGCAGUGUUAAUCAAGGUCAAGAAGGGGAACAAAAGUUAAGUAAUAAUUCCGAACAGCCUGAUCCAUCACUUGGUGCUCAAGAUCAGAAUUCCAAUUUUGCUCAAAAUAUGCAUGAACCUGGGACAAAGUAUGCUGAGAACUUCCCAAACAGUGUUUCCCAGUGUCAGGAUAGUGCAUUCAAUGAUUCCUCCGUCAAAAACAGUACUAACCUGCAGAUGAAAAAUAACACCGAGAUCAGUUUUGAGAGUAGCUAUGCAGAUGUAAUACCCGAGAACCUGUCUUCUUCACAUGUGGAUACAGACACUGACUGCAAUGGACAUUCCGAAAAGCCACCUUCACAAGCUGAUGCCAGUGAAAGGUCUGGGGAAUCAAACUCAGGUAACAAGGAAGCUGUGGUCCCAGUUGUCAAAAGGACUAAACGCAAAAGAGAUAAAAGCUUGGUGCAGCAGCAUCUACCUUAUAAGAAGUCUAAAUUUACUGAAGAAGAUUCAGAAGAAGAUGUUGAAGAAGGUUAUGAGGAUAAAGUUUAUAAAGAGUUUGAUGAAAGCACAGAGGAUGAAAAAACUAAUGACGUCAGUGGGGACCUAGACCAUCAUGAACUCGACAACAGCCGUGAGUUUGAUGAUGACGAUGAAACACAGUCUUCAGAUUCUGAGUUCUCUCUCUCUAAACGAUACAACAAAAAGAAAUUCAAAUGCAAAAUUUGCAAUAAAUCCUGGAAAUUAAAAAAGGAUUUAAAUAACCAUAUGAAAUCACACCCAUCGGCAAAAAAAUAUGCCUGUUCGGUGUGCAACACUAGCUUUCAAACAAAAAGCACCCUCUCGCAACACAUGUCGACUCACGUUGACUCCAAGCCCUACCCAUGCCCUGAGUGUAAUGUCAUUUUUCAAAGUACGGCUGAUCUUAAGGAGCAUAAAAAAACACACAUCGUCACCCGGGCCUUCAAAUGCUCAGAAUGUACGUACUCGGCUAAACGCAAAAAAGACCUAAGAAAACAUAUGCUUGUCCACUCUGCGACAAAAGACCACUACUGCCAGUAUUGUAAGUUCUCCUCUAAACGGAAAUACAGUUUACUCAGGCACAUGAAAACAGCCCAUUCGUCCGAAAAGCUGUACGAGUGCAGCAUUUGCAGUUUCAAAACAAGUGCUGUUGACAGUUUUAAAGUUCACGUGGCUAUGCAUGCAUCCACGAGGACGGUGGUUUGUAUUAUCUGCGGUACUGUGAUCAGGAAGAGGCCCACCCUGAUUGAGCACCUGCUUGGCCACACAGUGGACCCAGACCAGGCGUGUAAGGAAUGUGAUGAAGUUUGCUCCACCACCUACGAGUACAUGCUACACCUUCUGUCCCACAAGGAAAUAGAUACCACGGUGUCUGAAGAUUUGACCCAGUCUUCCAUAUUUGAUUUAAGCGCUUCCGUUGCUAAUGGAAGUGCAGAGUUAUCUUACCUUGGUUCUGAUUUCCUGGCUAGGCAUAGUAAAUUGAUUAUGGAUACGCCGACAAUGGAAGUGAAGAUUGGUAAAAUGUCAGAUGUUGCUUCCCGAUUGGCUGAUAUGACUAAGGUGAUUUCACUGUUGAAUGAAAAAAACAAAGUUGUUCUUCAGCUUGGAGAAAUAUCCACCUUGGCAACUGAACUGGCGGUUUUAUCUGGCAAUGUUUUGCAGUCGUACAAAAAUAUGUAUAAUAUUUUUAGCGGGACAAAAACAAAGUCAGCCUCAUCGUCAUAUGAAGCAGAUGAGGAUACUUCAUUGAUGGAUGAUGAUUUUGGGAAUUUGAGUGCUGUACUCAAUAUGACAGCAUCAAUUAAACAAGAAUUGCAGGAUGGUUUUCCAACAUCUGAGAGUGAAGCUGGGAUGCAGAUUCAGGUUGAUUUGAAUGGAGAACCUGUUUCCUGUAUCCAGAAAGAAGAUUCCUACAGGAAGUCCAAGCUAGGGGACAAGAGCUUGAAAUGCAACCGCUGUAACCUUAUGUUCACGGAUACGCGUAGCCUGAAGCGCCACCUGAUGGCCCACGAUGAUGUUCGCCCGUACGCCUGUGAAAAAUGUGGCCAAUCUUUCCGAAGGAAUGAACAUUUGAAGAAACAUAUGGUAACUCACUCAGACGAGCGACCGUUCACCUGCAAAGAUUGCCCUUAUGCAGCUAAAACAGAACAUCGGUUGAAGAUUCAUAUGCUUUGCCAUUCACAGACCAAAGCUUACUCCUGCCAUCACUGCACAUACACAGCAAGAACGAAUUACGAGUUGAACCAUCACAUGAAGAGACACGAGCCAAGGAGCUGUUCCCAGUGUAACUUUGUUUGUUACUCCCGCCCUGAGCUUAAGAAACAUGUCUUCACACAUUCCUCCUUUGACUGCAGCGAGUGUGAUUUUAAAACCAACGACCGAGCCGAGUACAGCAAACACAGUAAAAAACACUCCCUGGUGCAGCACCUGUGCUGCGAGCUCUGUGGGUAUUCCUGCGACACCAUGAAAAAAUUCAAGUACCACAAGCUCCGGCAUGAGAAUAAAACACCAUACCAGUGUCAAGACUGUGAUUAUAAAUGCAGUUCCAGGGCCAGCUUUGACUGCCAUCGUCUAAAACACGCUGGGCUGAAGCCAUACCUUUGCUCCUUCUGUGGCGCCGCCUUCAGGAAAACGUCCCACCUGAACCAGCACCUGCUGAUUCACAAAGACGAGAAAGCUUUCAAAUGUAGUGAGUGUGGGUAUGCCUGCAGGACCAAGCACAACCUGAAGGAGCAUGAAAUGACCCACUCAGGGGAGAAGCCUUUUGCCUGCAAGUACUGCAGCUUUUCUUGUCGUCGAAACAAAGCCUUACAACUGCACAUGCUGAAGCAUGAGAGCCACAGCAUGGUACUUCCACAGAUGCAAUUGCCAUUGUUGCAAAUGACCAUGCAGAUGCCAAUGAACCUUCCACUUAUGUCACCUUUGUAAACUUACUUUUUU